AUGAUUAUUCAGGCUGCUGCUGCUGCUCCACUGUUUCUUCUUCUUCUUCUUCUUCUGUUUGUGGCGGCCUGCAAUGCGCAGCUGCGAGUCGGUUUCUACUCCGAAACUUGCCCGUCUGCCGAAGAAACUGUCCGUGCCGCCGUCAAAGAAGCAAUGCACGAAGACAUGUCUUCAGCCGCUAGACUGCUCAGGCUGUCGUUUCACGAUUGUUUUGUCCAGGCACGUGUAAAUUCUCAGGGUUGCGACGCGUCGAUUUUGCUGGAAGCCGAGGGUGGAGAGGCAGAGGCGCCGGGGAAUGCAGGGGUCGGCGGAUUCGAAGUGAUCGGCGCGGCCAAAAAGAGGGUCGAGUCACUCUGCCCCGGCGUCGUGUCUUGCGCGGACAUAGUGAUGUUGGCUGCCCGAGACGCUGUUGCCUUGAGCGAUGGACCGGAUUACGAGCUGCCGACGGGGAGAAGGGACGGCCGGAUUUCCAGCUUAGCCCUCGCCUCCCAUCUCCCGGAGGUCAACGACCCAAUUAGAGUCCUCAAGGCUAAGUUUCACGCCAAGGGGCUGAGUGAGAAGGACCUUGUCCUUCUCACCGCAGCGCACACGCUAGGCACGGCGGCAUGCUUCCUCACGUCGAAGCGCCUGUACAACUUCAGCGGCAGAGGCGACCCUGAUCCGACAAUCAGCCCUCGUUUCCUGCCGAGGCUGAAAUCGUUCUGCCCACUCAACAGCGACUUCGUCAGACGAAUCCCCCUGGAUUGGGCGUCGGAGUUCGAAUUCGACGACCACAUCUUGCGCAACGUCGUGACGGGAUUCGCCGUCCUGGCCUCCGACGCCCAGCUCACAGAAGAUCGGAAGACGAGGCAGGUUCUGGAGUCUUACGUUGGGGGCGGCCACGCGACGUCGUCGUUUGGGGCAGAUUUCGCCGAAGCAAUGGUGAAGAUGGGGCGAAUCGGGGUCAAAACGGGUUCCCAGGGGGAGAUCAGGAAGAUCUGCGGGAAAGUGAAUUGA